AGGAGGAUCAUGUUAAACUCUACACAGGUUUCUUAUUUCACACUUAGUGCCUACUUUGACACUGGGGUUUUGAAAUACUUGUUUUUCAUGAUCAUAAUGUCUUUAUAUAUUUUAAUUCUUUGUGCCAAUGUGUUGCUGAUAGUGAUUAUCUGUAUGAACAGAAGUUUACAUGAACCUAUGUACCUGUUUCUGUGCAGCCUGUUUGUAAAUGAACUGUAUGGUAGUACAGGGUUGUUUCCAUUCCUUCUGCUUCAGAUCCUCUCUGACAUUCACACUGUUUCUACGUACAUUUGUUUCCUGCAGAUUUUCUGUGUUUACUCUUAUGCUUGUGUGGAAUUUUUCAAUUUAGCCGUCAUGUCUUAUGACAGAUACCUCGCUAUCUGUUAUCCUCUACAAUAUAACACACGAAUGACACAUAGCAAGAUUACAGUACUUAUUGUUCUAACUUGGUUAUAUGCUCAUGUUAUAUGUUUUGUUCCAGUGUCUCUUAGUGCUUCUUUACAGCUGUGUGGGAACAUUAUUAACAAAGUUUACUGUGAUAACUAUUAUAUUGUCAAACAGGCCUGCUCUGACACAACAGCCAAUAACAUAUAUGGGCUUAUUGCCACUAUUCUCACAAUCUUAUGUCCUGUCACACUAAUUCUUUACACUUACACGAAGAUUCUUAAAGUUUGUUUUUCUGGUUCUAAACAGACCAGACAAAAAGCUGUCAGUACCUGCACACCUCACCUUGUUUCUUUGCUCAACUUUUCCUUUGGCUGUGUUUUUGAAAUAUUACAGAGCAGGUUUAAUAUGAACAAUGUACCCAGUAUGUUGCGAAUAUUUUUAUCCCUGUACUGGCUUACAUGCCAGCCGCUCUUCAACCCCGUAGUAUAUGGCCUGAAUAUGGCGAGUAUUCGCAUCAUUUGUAAAAAUCUGAUGGUUGCUUAA